AUGGGGGCGGAGGCCCAGGGAGGCAGCGUUUCUGAGCUGCACACUGAGUCAGGGUGGAGGGGACCUGGCUGGACCCCGGCUGGAGAGGGCAGCCCUGGAGGAUCCUGAAGGCGGUGGGGCUUAAGGGUGAGCACCAGUCUCAUUGAGGGGCCAUCAUCCUCUGGGUCCAUGUGCCCUCCGGGGGACUCUGUGAAGCUGGGCCACACCAUGAUGGAGAAGUUAGAGGCUGCACCUACCCUACCCUGCUCAGCCCCCUCCCCAGCAGCCAGCAGCUCCUCUCCUGUAUCAGAGCCUGAGCCCGGCACCCCCCAGGAUGGAGACAAUGGCCACCCUGCCUCAUCCCCAACACCCCCCAAGCUGCCUCCCCAUGUGCCUGUCAUCAGCCUGGGCCACAGCAAACCGCCAACCAUGGCCACCACUGAACUAACCACACCUCCCCCACUGCCCUCACUAGUCCCGCUCUCUGCCCUGACAGCUGGCCCACCCCCACUGGCCUUGGGUGGCCUGCUCCCGACACACUACCACCCACACCCCUUUCUAAGCAGCGUCUACAUCGGCACCACUGGCUCCUUCAGCAUCUUCCCCAGCAGCCGACUGAAGCGGCGGCCCAGCCACUGUGAGCCUGACCUGAAUGAGGGGCACCAGCCCCUGAAGGUGGCUCGUGGGUGUUUCACCAACAGCCGAGAGCGCUGGAGGCAACAGAACGUGAACGGGCUUCGCGGAGCUGCGAAAGUUGCUGCUACGCACCCGCCCGACCGAAAGCUGAGCAAAAACGAGGUGCUUCGUCUCGCCCUCAAGUACAUCGGCUUCCUGGGCCGUCUGCUGAGGGACCAGGCGGCCGCCCUAGCCACGGUCCCGGCCCCGGCCUCGGCUCCGACCCCAGCUGGGGUGGCUCAGCGCAGGCGGGAGCGUAGUGGUGCGGGCCCGAGCGUGGGCGAGGGCAUACGCCGAGGGCAGGGGCGCAGGGCAGAGGCCGUGCGCUCCCCUCCAGCGCUCCCGCCUACGCCCGCUUCCCCCCACCCCGAGGGAGCUGAGCAGCAAGUCAAGAGCGAGUGCUCUCUACUGGACAGAACGGCCGUGGGGUGCGAGGCUCGGUGACCCCCAGUGGGAAGGGAUGGGAAGGAUGCUAUCAGAGGCAUCUGCGCGGACCCCAAGGACACCGCCCCAGAGGAGAGAAGGGGCCUUCGGAGAGCAGACCCUUCCCGAACUGCCCUGAAUUUUAGCAGCGUUGUCCCCUUCCUCCUGGUCAAUCCACGAGAUCGAAUGGAUCUGCUUGGGAAGAGGUUCGGGAGGAUGUGCAGGGUGUCGUCAGUGGGGAGAAAUGGGUGCCCUGGCUGCUGGCGGGGCGAAGCACUGGUCUAGGUUGUCACCCACUCGCCCAGGUACACGGUCGGGAAAGAUGGGCGAGAGGGCAUCCAGUGUCUCCAGAGAUCGGGCUCGGACGUUAUCUCUCGCCUCCUUGCCACUCUAAACCCUCCCCACUACGGCCAGCUUUAAUGUUUUGCAGUCGGCCCAGCCCAGAAGCCUAAAUGUCCUCUCGGUGGCAUAUUUCUUUCGGGGUUAGGGUCCAACACGAAGAACAAAGCGGACAUCUAAA